AUGGAUUGGUCACUAUGUUUUCAAAACUUCUACCUUUUCCCGUGCUUAUCUGUCAAAUGCUUGCAGGAAUUGCCUAAACCGCUGCUUCCGGUUGCCAACCGCCCUGUUCUUACCUACGUUUUGCACCAGUUGGAACAAAGCAACCUUAAAGAUCUGAUUGUUGUGGUUGAAGGGGAAGAUGCUGCGCUUGUUGUUGGUGCUUGGAUUUCUGGGACUUUCAUUGAUCGUCUACAUGUCGAGGUUCUUGUAUCUGAUGUUCCUCCUGGUGCAGUUGCUGCCACCCAUAGGCGACACGAUGCAGCAGUGACUGCAAUGCUUUGCUCUAUCCCUGUUAGUGGACCUCUAGAGUCUGGGUCCUCCGGUGGAAAAGAUAAAGCCAAGAAACUGGGACAAUACAACAUCAUCGGACUGGACCCUGGCAAACAGUUUUUAUUACACAUAGCAACAGGAUCUGAAGUUGAGAAAGAUGCUCGACUUCCAAAGCACAUUCUCCGUGCAGUUGGCCAGAUGGAAAUUCGAUCGGAUCUGAUGGAUGCUCAUAUGUAUGCAUUCAAGAGGUCUGUCCUGCAAGAAGUUUUAGACCUAAAGGAUACAUUUCAAAGCUUGAAAGAGGAUGUACUUCCUUAUCUUGUCCGGAGCCAGCUGAAAUCAGAGGCCUUAUCAAAUAGGACUCCACAUGGAGAAGAAAAUAGGAAUGAGAAGGUUACUUCCCAGAACAAUCAAGUAUUUGUCUCUCGAAUCCUUGCUAACGCAUCUAUCCCAAGUUUUCAUGACCGCAGUUCUGAGAAUCCUGAUGGUUCUGCCCCUACUCGGAAAACCCAUAAAUGCUGUGCUUAUAUUGCAUGUAGCAGCAGUUAUUGCGUGCGCUUGAAUUCCAUUCAAGCAUUUAUGGACGUCAAUCGAGAUGUUACUGGUGAGGCGGAUCAUCUGCUGAGCGGCACCUCAUCAGAUCCCAAUAAUAUCAUAGGUCCUUCACCAAAGCUUGGAACCAAAACUACUGUGGGGCCGCACUGCAUGCUGGGUGAAGGUUUGGAAGUCGGUGACAAAUGCCAAGUAAAACGGUCUGUUAUUGGCCGUCACUGCCGGAUAGGUUCCCAUGUUAAGGUUGUCAAUUCGGUUGUAAUGAAUCAUGUCACGAUCGGCGAUGGCUGUAUAAUGCAGGGCUCUGUUGUUUGUAGCAAUGUACAGCUUCAAGACCGCGCUGUUUUGAAAGACUGA